AGUAGAAAUUUUCAAAACCAUCUGUCAUAUCUGUCACCUGUCAAUUACAUCAAUCUGACAUUUUUAUUUUAGAUCAAUUAUUGAGAAACUAAUCCAAAAUUUAGUCGUAUUCUCACAAAUUUAGUGUAAUUCUCUCAACCAACACCUUUUAAAAAUGUCCAAGCUGAUCACAUCCAUUCCUUCAUUGGCAGGAAGGUUGAUACAAGAAGGGCGCCCCAAGCUGGAUGUCUUCAUUAAAUACGCCAAAGUGGAACUGACGCCUCCCACUCCCGCAGAUAUACCCCAAAUCAGGGCGGGACUCGGCCGCUUGAUCACAGCAGCUCGAACUGGUUCGUGGAAGAACCAGUCCGUCAAAGAAGGCUGGCUGAACACCCUCGUGGGAAUCGAGGUACUCUGCUGGUUCUACGUCGGCGAAUGUAUCGGUAAACGCCACAUUGUCGGCUACGAUGUAUAAAUUAGCUCGUAUAAGUCAUCAAACUUCUUAGUAACUCGUAAGAUUAAAGUGCAUAUAAAUUCAAUUUAAUGUAAGUUGUUUAAUGUAUAAAUCAACCUCGUUUCAGUAAAGGUGUUAAACGCUUCUCUCAUAUCUACUAAUACUACUCAGGAAGCCUCUAUAUCAUUCAAACAGACGAUGUACCUGCAUAGCCAAAUGGCAACAGGCCACAUUUAUAUCUCCUAAAAUAUAAGUAAAUUGAUUGAAAUAUAAGAAGCAAAUAUUUUAAUAA